UUGCUGUUUUUUUUUAAUGCAAUUUGUCAUAAGACAGCAAAUUUUUGGGGUAAAAGCCAAACUUUUAUGUCCACAUUUGAAGAACCGUUAAAGACGGUUCUUCAACCAAGAUAUAUAACUUCCAUUAAAAACCUUGCAGACUAUAAACUACAUCGCUGUGAAACACAUCAUGCUGUGCCACCAGAAGAACAUUCAGCUCCCCUCGCUUUUAUCCCUGAAACACUAGAAAGAAAUGAGAGGCAGAGAGAUGUUGAGGAGGCGGGGGCCGGCCGUGUCUGUUUCUACUGUGGUUUUGGGGAGUUAUUUGGUGUUAAAAUAUGCCUUAAUGGUUGCCGAGGAUCCAUUUAUUACAGACAGGAAGCGAAAAAAAAUUGGGUUUCUCCUCUCAUUUAACAAGACCGCCAAGAUGCAAGUCCGAGCCAGCAUUCCUCUGCACCGCUGCUGCACUAAAACAUUUGGACUCAGUCUGAAGCCAGUCGAUUGUGUGCAUUUGUGUUGACGGGGAAAAUGUAUAAUUUUAACAAUAUAAACACCUUGAGGUGCUUUAAGAGACACUUUUUGAAACCUGUGAGCUCACACACAAAAAGAUUGAGGUUUGACCGCUCAAACACACACUGAACAGCAGUGAUGCUGACAAAGCAGACCUCCUGAGGGCUUAUUAUUUCUCUUUUGUUUUGCUGAGGCUUGGCUUCUCUCCUUCUCACUCAUCAAACUCGUUCGUUCCUUCAUUCCUUGAAUGCAACACUUCCCGUCUUCCGUCCUUCUUUCGUUUCUUUCCUCCUCUGUGCUCUCACAGCCAGACAAAGCCAGACAGCCUUUAGGCAUUAGGAAGGCUGCGUUAACACCUUCUCUGGUGCACAAGCCAAGGUCCUAAGACCUGUUAAUGAUGUGUAGGGCUUCUGGUGUGAAGGUGAAUGCAAUGUUCUGGAAAGAGCUUUUCUUUUUUUGACAUCUGCUCUUGUGGAGCAAACAGCCGCAUCUGUGCUUUGGGGGUUUUUGGACCCUAUUUCACCUUAAAUUGUCUCGAAAUGUGAGGGUUUACAACUGUGGGGUUUAGCUGAGGUUACUGUUUGGUCUGAAGGAGUUGUUCAGCAAGGAGAUGUCUAAAACUGAAAAGCUGCGCCGCUCUCAAAGGUUGUGUGAGGUCAUGGGUUCUGGGGGGAUUGUAGAGACUUUUUCUCUCUUUUUCCCAGAUGACUGAGAUGGAAAAUGACGUUUCAUCCUGAACUUUAGUGCUCACUGACAAGAGAUCAGAUAGGAAGACCAAUUCAAUAAGAAGAGAUCUUAGGAACGUGAAUAAAGAUUUAAGUGUGAUCCAGAAAUCUGGAUAAAAUAGUCCAUAGUCUUCUGGCGAUUAGGCUCUGGACAGAUGACGUCUUUAUUCUGGCUGGAUUGGCUCGGAUCAUAGACGGAUAAACACCAGAGCCUUGAUGCUGAUGGUGGCAGAGGUCAGCCCAUGACACAAUAUUGGUCCAGGUGGAGAGGUAGAGAGAUAAACAUCCAUGAAUUUCAAAAGCAGAAAUAUGAUUGUGAUUGGCUGAGAAAAGAAGGCGGGGAAUAUAGCUAUUGGUUUAGAGUGAAGGCUUAGUUGAUGAGUGAGUUUACCCGGAAGUGAGGUAGAUCUUCUUUAUUUUCGUGCCGUUCAGACACCUUCGUGUGUUAAAUGGCACAAACUGAACAAAUUAGGAAUUUCAAGCUGAGACAUUACCAUCAAUCUGUCAGUCGAAAACAAAUAAAAAUUAAAAAACACCCCCUUUGAGCUAUUUCUAACUUAAAAAAUAAACUAAAGUUUGACAAAUGUGGACUGAAUCAGGUGUACGUCUAACUUUUAAAGGACUUGCGGGGUUUUCAAACCUUUCAGCAUCAUCCCGGUGACAAAAGAGGUAAAAAAAAAGGAUUCCUAAUUUCAAAAACUGACACUUUGAAGAAAAACGUAUUUAUAAUAAAGUUAAUUAUGAUAGUUCCUAAUGAUUCAUAAAAAAUGUUAAUAAAAUGGGCAGCAGUUUGGUUCCUCGUAGUUGGAAUGCAUUUAUUAACCAUUUCUUAGUUUUUACUGGAGAUGAAUUGUUAACUUCUUUGCAAUCUACCUCUCAAAUCCCUAAAAAAAGAGGAGAAUGAAUUUCCUGUUUGUCCAUUUCUGAUGUUUUUGGUUUUUUUUUGUCGUAGUUUUGCAUUGUCACUUCAGUCUGUUUUCGGUUCAAUUUUCCGCUGGAAUGGGAGGUUUUCUGUCUUUCUUUUCGUCUGCCAUCUUUGUUUGCAGAUUUGUCCAGAGCACCUGAUUGGGUGGGGAUCUCCAGGCAACCAGAAUUUAACUUUCCUCUCAACUUUUUGUUUUUCUUUACAGUCCUUGCCAUUUUUAUGUAAAUAGUUACUUUUUUUUAAAUGAAGGUAAUUCUUUUUGUUCUGAAGGCCUCUCAUUUUUUUUCUUUCCUUCAUGUUACAUCAUUUUACAAUCCCCUAGAUGGGCUUCUCUCCUUCUCACUCAUGACUAGAGGUCAUCCAAGCUGACACCAACUGUUUUCUAUAUGGAAAGGUUUCCUAAAGAUAGAUUUUUUGCUCUUUUUAAGAAUAAACUGUUCUUCUAAUAAGACUCCUAGAACUUGCAGGCCGUUUUCUUUUUGGUGAAGAGCCUGAAGAUAUUAAUUCAUUGAACUCUAAACAUCUCAGCAGCUGCAGGAGGGGGAGAUGGUUGUUGUGUGGCGUUCAAGUCAAAAGUUCGGAUGGUUUAAUCAUAGAGGAAAAAUAGCUUUCUAGAAGUUCUAUGUUUUAUUUAGAGCUCCAUACAGGGACAACAAAACUAUGCGAUGGAUUUAAAUGCAAUGACACCGAACAGAACCUCGUUUUAUCCUGAGGACGGAUCUGAUUUCAAAGCAGCUGUCCUGUGAAACAAUUAAAGGUGGUUACUGUGUAACUGUGAGCAUCAGUGUGUGUGGGGGGGAGGAUGACCACGGUGUAGUAUGUCCGCUUCAUCCCUGCAGCUGACCUGAGAGCACAGCGGUUAAUCAUCCACUAACCAGCAGAGACACGGAGAGAAGCCAGCCUGAGAGGGUGAACAAAGAACGCCACAAACAUCCCAGGCGUGGAAACACGCACCUCCUGCCCGCCGUUUGUGUGCGUCUGCAUGGUAGAAUGAAACUUUGGGGAGCGCUGUCCUGUUUGUGGAUUCCGUCGAGAGGGUAGAGGGCGUCCACAUGGGGCCUGGGCCUUGUCCGGGAUGCCAGCCGCUGCAGUGAAGCCCACCUCGGAGGACCUAGACGGAGACGGUUCUGGAGAGGAAGCCUCAGGCCAGGAGAGACUUUCUCUACCGUCCUUGAAAGUCCCCAGGGAGCUGCUGAGGAGCUUUCCUCACUCCAAAAGAGUGGGCUCCUAUCUUGUCGGGAGGAUGAUCAACAAAGGCUCUUUUGCCAAAGUGAUGGAGGGGCUGCACAUCGGCACAGGGGAGAAGGUUGCCAUCAAGGUAAUUGACAAGAAGAAAGCGCGGCAGGACUCGUACGUCCUGAAAAACAUGAAGAGGGAACCUCGAAUUCAUCAGAUGAUUCAGCAUCCUCAUAUUGUCCUUCUUCUGGAGACUCUGGAGACAGAGAACAGUUACUACAUGGCCAUGGAGCUCUGUGCAGGAGGGGACCUGAUGGACAGGAUCUGUGACAAGAAGAGGCUGGAGGAGAAGGAGGUCCGGCGCUACACCCAACAGAUCCUCUCCGCAGUGGAACACCUACACAAAUAUGGCAUCGUGCACAGGGACUUAAAGAUCGAAAACCUUCUUCUAGAUGAGCACAACAACAUCAAGAUUGUAGACUUUGGCUUAAGCAACACUCUGAGGACUGACUCUGUCCCUCUGGAGCUCCUCAGCACUCAGUGCGGCAGUCCAGCCUACGCCGCCCCAGAGCUGCUGGCUCACAGGAAGUACGGACCUAAAGUGGACGUGUGGUCCAUAGGUGUGAGCAUGUUUGCCAUGCUGACAGGAACUCUACCCUUCACUGUUGAGCCUUUCAACAUCAAACAUCUACACCAGAAGAUGGUGAACGGCGAGAUUGGCAGCUUCCCUUCUGACAUAAGCAAAGGCGCAGUGUCUUUCGUGAUGUCCCUACUGGAGCCAGAUCCAGAGAAGAGGCCGAGCGUCCGAGAAGCCAUGGAGGAGAAAUGGAUCAACGAGGGAUACAACAAGAAACCUCUGCACACAAUCUCCCACAAAAACAGGCUGAGUCCAGAAGACCUGAACUCCUCCGUGUUGACGUACAUGACGGACACUCUGGGUUACUCCAGCUCGGAGGUCACGCACAUUCUCACCUCCAACAAGCCCUCCUCCAUCAUGGCCAACUAUCACCUGCUGCUCGGCAAGUUCAGCAGAUGCCACAAAGGAGCCAAAGCUGCAAAGACUGAACACAGCAACGACAAAAGCUUGAAGCAGCCGGGUCGACCUCUGAGGGUGCCGCAGGCGAGUGAGAAUCAGAGAAAAGGAAGGAGGACGGAGGAUCUGCAGGGAAAGGGCCAAGAGGAGGUGGAUGAGAACUGCCCUCCAUCACCUCAUCUGCCCCGGCUUCCUUUGUCUGUCUCCCCAUCAAUGCCCCUUCGUGUUCCCUCUCCCUCCCUGGCUCCCAUCCCUGACUUCAUCAGUCGCCACGCAGAGGGCGGGGCGACUGAUGAAGUCGCCAUCACUUUGGACACAAGAGAGUUGCUAUUUCCUGAAGUGUCGGUGUUUGCUGCUCGGGAACGGGUCCACCUCUCACCUCCCAAAAGCUCGGCAUCAAAGCUUUGUGACUCGGCUCCUUGUCAAGUCCCGUCGUACGGCGAGCCGAGCAAAGACGGCAACGUCUCCAGGUCAACUCAGCACCCCAUCAGGACGACCCAGUCUGAUGGAGCCACAAACCCCGGGUCGGACGGUUUCCGUGACCACCAGGAUGCCUCUCAUCCUCUGAGCUUCAACCAGCGACUGGAGAAGCUGCAGACUUUUUUCUCCUCAGAGAAGAACAGCAUCUCCCCCAGAAUCCUCCAGGAAGCUGACACGCCCUCCUCAGACAGAGGGCACCUGAACAGCACUGACAUGACGCAGAACUCCCCCUCUCCUCUCCUCCCUCGCCUCCGCAACGUGGGACUGAAAGAUGGAGGAGGAAGAAAGGCACCCUGGGUGGGGCUGAACCGACCCGGGCCCCCUAGACUUCUAAUUAAUGGUUCAACACCUCCGGCUUUCCUCCCACAGAAGCAACACGCUUCAAACAUCAAGAGCUUGAGGCAGGAGAGGAGCAAGAGAAAGGAGCAGUCAGCAGCCAGAGGAGUAGGAGGAGAAGGAGAAGGAGAAAGAACCGGAGCCAAGAGGAACCCCGUUCAGUUACGUUCAUCUCUUCAACGCAGGGCCACAAACAUGAACCUGCCGCUGCUUCCCGCAGCCCUGCAGGGAAAGACCGACAGAAAGAGUCAGCUUCGGAACGUGGACUACUAAAAUGGAAGGAGGGAUUCUUACCAACAACAAAAGGAAACGCCGCUGAAACAGCUAUACCCUUCGCAUUCAGCAGGACUCCCAACCAAACGGACAAUACCAGCAUCAGUGCCAAAACCCUCAGCUUUAGCUGGAAGCUUAAUUCAUCAACCAGGCUUUAUUUUAAUGUUCAGCCGCCAUCUUUACCUCAAAUCAAAAUAUGGCAUCCAAGCAUCAGAAAAUCAACACCACUCCUUUGUUUUUUUAUGUGUUUACUGUUUUUGAAUCAACUUUUUUAUUAUUUGGGAAAUCAAACAGAAUCUCACUAAACAUCUCUAACAAUGGUUAAAUUAUUGCUUAAUAAAAACUUUUUAAAGGAC